UCGGGUUGGGGGGUUUGGCCGGCUGGCGGCGCGAGGGGAUUUUCCGCCAGUCGGGCAGCGUUCGUCUCACCUGCGUCUGGUCGUGGCGCAGUGGCCCGCUCCCCGCCGCCGUCGAGUCCGACCUUCAAGUUGACGGCUAGUUUGUGCUGCACUGAGUCACUCCCUCCCCGUACGUGAGCGAAGCACUGAGUGACACAAGGCAGCCGGCGACGGUGUGCGUGAAGCAACUAUCCCGAUUGCAAAGAUGCGGCAAACCGUUGGGGGCCUCGGACUGGAGUGACUGUCUCAGCCUCUGUCUGGCUGUACCAUUGCAGGUUUGAGCUGAGUUUGAGCGACGAUGGCCCAGCGUGAGUAUCGGAGGGAGUCUGAGCGGCGACAGGGGCAGGAGAGCGUCAGGCUCCGAAUGCCGAUUGAGGAACAGGGCCGACAGGUGGCCCACCAGCUGCAGCUUCAACAGCCUGAGGGUGGCCGGCAGGGGCAGGCCGAGUUGCCUGCUCGCGUGCCAACACGGGAGACGGCAGACUAUGGGGCCAGGUACGUGCCCGACCAGACGGUGGACGCCGCCCCGUUCCUCGACGGACCGGCUGCAGGAGGGCUCCCCGUCUCCGUCAACCGCCGCACGGAGUAUCAGGGCACAAACCAACGCAAUGGCGCCGACCUGUUCUCCGAAUACACCCAAGUAGACCAAGUCACCAAACACCUACGAGUGAAUGGAUGUCGCCAUUCGUCGCUCUCUUUGUGUCUAUCGGUCGGUCGUCAGGUGCGCGGCGCAGUGGGCUAUGCGCGGCUGACAGGACGAGACGGGGACGUCAGAGGGGGCUAUGGAGACGGUCACAUGACGGGCCACCCAUACCAGUACACGGCCAGCUACCGUUAUGAGGUGAGUCUUCCCUCCUUGUAUGCACUCACCCAUACACAUCCAUUGCUCUCUCUGCUCCCUCUCACCUUUCAGCCCGCAGCCUACGACGCCUAUGAAUUCGCCUACCCAUAUUUGCGUCCGGAGGAGCCCCAGCGUCCGGCCGGAUACCCCAGCCAGAUGAGCAGGGAGGCGCAGCAGUAUGGCAGCGGCCGCCUCACGUCGACUGGACAGAACGACGCCUACGGUGGUGCUCCUCUCAGCACUCGGCCACACCGAUAUGAUGGGCGGCUUCCCUCAUACUCGCAGCACCAGACCAACCACGGCCUCAGCUGGGACGGAGUGGGCGGCCAGCCGGACUACUCCUCGCGUCGAGCCUACCGCGUUCCAAGCAACAUCAGCAAAGUCAGCAAGUCAUCGGUCGUGUCCCGAGGCACCCAGUGCAGCAUCGUGACCACACAGACGGCAGUCGGGCCCCGGAACAAGACGCGUGGUGCGUCGCGACACCACCACCACCACCAGCAGGUGAAGGAGAUGGCCAGUUUGGUGGGCCGCUACGCGCCGCCACCGGACACCCACAACACCCACAAUGGUCAGGACAACGGAUCAGGUGGCGGUUUGUUCGGCGGGAUGUUCUCCGGCUUGGGCUCCCUCCUGGGUGGGGGCCGGGCCGCUAGAGGUGAGGAGGGGUGUGGUGAGAUGAGAAACACAUGGCCCUUCUCUGUCACUAUCUUGUACAUCGUCGACACGUCUGUCCGUCUGUCUGUCUGUCUCUCUGUCUCUCUGUCUGUCUGUGUCAGCGGUGCGAGAGGAGACACGAGAGUCCCCACCGGGCCACCGCACCAAUCGCCGACACGUCGAUGACGACCGCUACGCCUAUGGUGCCCAGGUGAGUCUCACCAACACAGUGGUCACGUACAUACGCCAUCCGUUGGUCAUGCUGUGUCUGUUUGUCCUUCUGUCAGGGUGAGUCGUACGAGUCCCGCUACCACCGAGAACCCAAGAUGGACAGGCAGCAGGCUAUUGAGGCCUACGCGAGGGAGCUGGACAAUUGGAAGGGCUUCUGGGAGAUGGAGCUGCAGGAGCGCUCGGAGAUCCAAGAGCGGCUCCGCCGACAACUCGAGGAGCAGGCGGCGGAGCGGGAGAAGAAAAUGGAGCGCUUCCACCGACAACAGAAGGAGAAAAUGGAGCGUGAGUGGCGUGAAGUGGAGGCCAAGAAGGACGAAAUGCGCCGCAAAGAACAGGAGCUCGAGGAGAAAAAGAAGCAACUCGACCAGCAGCUGCAGCAGCUGCAACACCAGAUGCAGCAGCUGCAAUGCCAGCAGCGGCAGCGUUUCAAGAGCGACAACGAGACGGCAGACAACCAGCAGCCUUCGAGCGCCUCUGACACCGUCCCCCCGACCCCAACUGGAGCAGUGCAGGAGGCAUCCAGAGUGGCUGAAGGAGACGCCACUGGCGAGCGACAGCGGGCCCGCCAGAUGCUGCAGGAGCUCGAGAGCAAUCCCCACUUCAAGAACCCCACUGUGCCAUCCGCCAGUGGUGGGCGCCCACACGAGGUGUAGGCUGGCCCGUAUGCACGGCCGCUCGUUGCAACAGACAGUCUGAGAGUGAGAAGAAGUGUGUGUUCAUGAGCCAAUGAAAUGAAUGGCCGGCUGGCCGUCUGAGUGACUUGCCCGUUGUGUUUGUUUGGACGGUUAUGGAUGCAUAGAGCGCUCGGACAAGUCUAUGCCUUGAAGCAUUGCAGACGGCCC